UCGUGCACGCGCACGGGGCUGUUCAGAUCCCGAGCGUAGAGAGAGCGCGUGAAGAGGAGGACGGUACUGAUGAUGAUGGUGAUGAUGAUGAUGAACGGGACGGGUUCGUACGGAGCGGGCAGAACCGGGGAGGAAUUCGACCCCAUCACCUUCGCCAAGAGACCGCAGACCAUCUUACGGUUCCUGUCCUGGGUUUUCUCCAUGGUGGUAUUUUGCUCCAUUGUAAACGAAGGCUACGUGAACAUGGGCAGCGAGCGCCUGCACUGUAUGUUCAACAAAAACGAAGACGCCUGCAAUUACGGCAUCAUCAUCGGUGUGUUGGCGUUUUUAGCGAGCCUGUGCUUCCUGGCCCUGGACGUCUACUUCCCUCAGAUCAGCAGCGUUAAGGACCGGAAGAGAGCCGUGCUACUGGAGAUUGGCUUCUCAGGACUUUGGGCGUUUCUGUGGUUUGUUGGAUUUUGCUUUCUGGCCAAUCAGUGGAGUCGCACUUCACCUAACGAACUGCCACUGGAGCAGGCGUCAGACGCAGCACGAGCCGCCAUCGCCUUCUCCUUCUUCUCCAUUCUCACCUGGGCGGCGCUGACGAUGUUGGCAGUGCAGAAAUUUCUGCUCGGAACCGACAUGACUCUCUUCACCUCCGCCGAAGCCCCCAAACAGCAGUAUCCUUCCAACGACGCAAUCCAUCAGACCACCAUCGACAAGAGCCCAACGCUGAUCGAGACGGUGGAGACACGCCCACCCGGAUACCAGAUCCCACCCGCUUUUUAAUCUUCUGGCCAAUGAGAAGCAGUGGACAGUGUGGCUUCCCUCCUAGGCUCAGUUGCAGUACUGUUUUCAAUGCAACCUCGUCGAUCUCCCCUUCGCUAUUUCUGGAACAAUCCACGCUAACGAUUCAUCACUCUUUCUACAGCGGAAAGAAGGAGUUACGCAAACAAAGAGCAAUAUGUUAUUUCUAAAACAGUAUAGAAUCCACUACAAUUGAACUAGGUUUGUAUUUUUAAAGUAGUUUACCGCUUUAUUACUUUAUCAUGCAGACUAGUCUCUUAGAACGAUAACUAGAUAGCAAUCGAGCUAUGUAGCACGCCUGCUAGCGAGGAACAUAACUUAAUGAAGUACCAAACUACGAUGAAGUUGUUCGCUAGCUUAGUAAAGUGCUAAACUAGCACAGAGUCAUAAAAGAUUCUGUCUGAUUCACGUUGGGUCGGUAAAGUUAACUCCUCUCCGGUAGAUUAGUGCUAGAACUAGUUAUCUAGUAAAGUUAGAACUACACUGUGGUAGUUUUUUUUUUAAAACAGGUAUCUAAUUACUCCGUUGUAGUUUAACUUACUAAGUUAUCUAUCCAACAUGCUAGCCAGUUGUCAAAUGAGUAACUUACUAACAAUUACUAGAUAGCUUCUAAGCACACACGUAGCAUGUAGCACACGUGCUAGCUAGUUAGAGAGCAUAGAAAUGCUGUAAACAUGCUACAAUACAAUAUGGUUAUACUUAGAGUAACUUAGAUGAAGUUACGUUUAAAAAAAACAUGUAUAAUAUUUAAUUUGCUUCAUUAAAAUUCAGUUUGGCGACAGUUUACUGCCUUCGGUAUCUUAUUCACGCGAAUAACUAGCGUGCUAGCGUGCCGUCAUACGUGUGACCUUUAAUGAGAGUUAGAUAGUAAACAGGCUGCGUAGUGAACGAACAAACGCUCGUUUCUCUGUGUGCUGUUUAACGAAAUAAAAAAGAUAAAGUACAAACAGACAAAGAAAUCAACUGCAAACCCCCCCCCCCCCACACACACUUUAGUCUCGGGUCGUCGAUGUGGCCGUGUUUAAAGCAGUACUGAAAUGCACGAGUAUUGUAACGUUUCCUUUUCUCUUGUCUUUUUUGUUUAAAGGGCUUCUCUGUUUAAAUGAAAUAUUAAACAUAACGUAAUGAAAUAAAUAAUGACUUUAACGAUCACUUAUUUGAGUCAAAUUGUAAAUUGUUAUCUCUCUAGUUUAAUAAUCCCGAUUAAGGAGCCGAGGGACAAAAUGCAGUGUAAAAAACAAUAUAUUAAACAUCUAUUAAAGCUAUUAAAUAUAAUCUAUAUAAAGUUCUAUAAGUUAUAUGUAUAAAGUAUUUUGUUUCUUAGGCCAAAGUUUCUGAGCGCAAAUCCUGUACUGCUGUAGGCUUUAUGUGUUUAUACAUUAUUCAUUUUAUUCUAAAAACGAAAGUCAAUUAUUUAUUGUAUUUAUUUUAACGAGACCAAACUACAAUUAGAACGUUAAUAUCACCCCAUUUAGUGUGUAUGAGUUGGAGGGGCGGAGCUAAGAGGGAGGGGCCAUUUUAAAGCAUCAACAAUGUGUUUAUUCCUGAAUGACAAAAUGACAUUGCUGUCUUAAAGAGUCCUGAUGAGAGCAUCUCCACCUGUGUGUGUGUGUGUGUGUGUGUGUGUGUGUGUGUGUGUGUGUGUGUGUGUGUGUGUGUGUGUGUGUGUGUGUGUUGUCAGUAUUACUGCAUGAUAAGACUAACCAUAGAAACACCUACAUCCUAAAAAUACCAUUUUAGCAUUUAGAGAGGAGAAGAAACGUGUUGGUGAAUCUCUGACUGAAUAAACACUCUUUCUGCAAGA